GUACUAACAUGGAUAAAGUUGAGUGGGCACUCGUUUAAUUAACUCACCGAUAGAACCUACAUCCAAGUGCAAGCGCGAUUGAAUCUUCUCUUGUCCAGUUAUCCGUAAAAAAUCUCUUCGCCAAAGUAUCCAAAUGCCGAUCUGCACGCCGUCAUCUUCCGAUUCGAGCUCUGGCUCUAGCUCCGUGUCAACCAAAUCAUGGAUUAUUCACGGCCUGGCGGUGGGGGCUGCCGCCGCGGUGGCGCUUGGUGCUCACGUCUACUUGUAUUAUCGUCGAUCCGGAAGGUUCCGGAGCCGGGUUGUCGGGAUCAUACCUGCCCGUUUCGCUUCCUCUAGGUUCCAAGGCAAACCACUCGUUCACAUCCUUGGCAAGCCCAUGAUCCAAAGAACAUGGGAAAGGGCAAAAAUGGCAUCUUUAUUGGAUCAUAUUGUUGUGGCGACGGAUGAUGAUAAGAUUGCAGAAUGCUGUAGAGGAUUUGGUGCUGAUGUGAUAAUGACAUCAGAAUCAUGUCGAAAUGGCACUGAGCGUUGUAAUGAAGCACAUCAAAAGCUUGGGAACAAGUAUGAUAUUGUUGUCAAUAUUCAGGGGGAUGAACCUCUUAUUGAACCUGAAAUAAUAGAUGGCAUAGUAAAGGCUCUUCAGGCUACUCCAGAUGCAGUGUUCAGCACUGCGGUUACUUCUUUGAAAUCUGAAGAUGCAUUUGAUCCAAAUCGUGUCAAGUGCGUGGUGGACAAUCGUGGAUAUGCAAUUUAUUUUUCACGAGGACUGAUACCAUUCAACAAGUCUGGAAAGGUCAAUCCACAAUUUCCAUACUUGCUUCAUUUGGGGAUUCAGAGCCUUGAUUCAAAGUUCCUAGAGAUAUAUCCAGAGCUGCCACCAACUCCACUUCAACUGGAAGAAGAUCUUGAACAGCUGAAAGUCCUUGAAAACGGAUACAAAAUGAAGGUAAUUAAAGUCGACCAUGAGGCCCAUGGUGUUGAUACCCCAGAAGAUGUAGAGAAAAUUGAACGUUAUAUGCAAGAGAAAAACUUAUCUUAGCUCCUUCAAUGCCAUUGCGCAUUGCAGAGGGAUCUUAUGGGAAUACCCACAGUUGAGAUCAACACAGGGAUCCAAUUUAUGUAUUGUGAGUCAUCUUCAUUUAGUAGAAUAAUGUACAUGGUGACUGUAAUGUGUGUAAAAUGCGUUCUUUAGGUGUAAACAGGCUUGUAUAGUCUGUAAGAGGAGUAUCAUUUUCCGAACUCGAGAUGUGUGUCCUUUGCCUAAUCCAACCAUAGUCGACGCAUCUUUGUUAUA